AAGAACCACGGCUUCGACGUCCUCUACCACAACAUGAAGCACGGGCAGAUCUCCACCAAGGAGCUCGCUGACUUCGUCCGGGAGAGGGCUGCCAUCGAGGAGAACUACGCCAAGGCCAUGGUGAAGCUGUCGAAGAUGGCCACGAACGGGACCCAGCUGGGGACUUUCGCGCCUCUCUGGGAGGUUUUCCGCAUCUCCUCGGACAAGCUGGCCCUGUGCCACCUGGAGCUGAUGAAGAAGCUGCACGACCUCAUCAAGGAGAUCUCGCGCUACGGCGAGGAGCAAGGCCGGGUGCACAAGAAGUCCAAGGAGGAGGUGGCAGGGACGCUGGAGGCCGUGCAGCUGCUCCAUGGCGUGGCCCAGCUGCUGCCCAAGUCCAAGGAGAGCUACCACAGCAAGUGCCAGGAGUACGAGCGGCUGCGCAAGGAGGGCACCAGCCAGAAGGAGAUCGACAAGGCGGAGCUGAAGUCGCGGAAGGCGGGCGAGGCUCUGCGGAGGGCGGUGGACAAAUACAACGCUGCCCGCGCCGACUUCGAGCAGCGCAUGCUGGACUCGGCCAUGGUGGGCACCGGGGAAUCUCCGGACAAUGACCUGGGCUGCCCGGAGGUGGACGAGGACGGAUUCACCGUGCGGCCGGACACGGAGCGCAGCGAGGUGGAGAACGCCGGGAGCUCCUCCAGCGAUUCCGACUACGAGGAGGCGGAGCCGCGGCGGUUCCUGGUUCACAUCAAACCCCGCGAGGCGCCCGGCAGCGCCCAGGCCAGCGCCGAGCAGCUCCGGGCCACCGUGGGCAACCUCAUCCUGGCCCCCGGGAUGGCGUCUCGCUCUCUGAGCCCCUCGCCCUCCUGGAGCUGCGGCCCCUCUCACUCAGCCCCCGCCAGCCUGGGCGAGCGCGGCUUCUUCAGCGCGGCCCCGCCAGCGCUCGGGCUAUCGCGCGGUCCCAGCCCGGUGGUGCUGGGCUCGCAGGACGCGCUGCCGGUGGCCACCGCCUUCACCGAGUACGUGCACGCUUAUUUCAAGGGGCGCGACGCCGACAGCUGCCUGGUGAAGGUGACAGGGGAGCUGACCAUGUCGUUCCCCGCGGGAAUCGUGCGCGUUUUUGGGGGUCCCGCCGCGCCCCCCGUGCUCAGUUUCCGCCUCCUCAAGGCCGGAGCCAUCGAGCAGUUCCUGCCCAACGCUGAGCUGCUCUACAGCGACCCCUCCCAGAGCGACCCCAGCACCAAGGACUUCUGGCUGAACAUGGCAGCCCUGACGGGACACCUGCAGAAACAGGCGGAGCAGAGCCCGGCCGCCUCCUACUACAACGUGGCUCUGCUCAAAUACCAGUUCUCGCGGCUGGGAGCCGGCUCGGCUCCUCUGCGGCUCUGUGUGCGCUGGGAUUGCUCGCCCGGGGCUACCAGGGUGAGUGUGGAGUACGGCUACAACGGAGGAGCCCUGGCACUGCCCGUGCCGCUCGCCAACGUGCACGUCCUGCUGCCCGUGGAGGAGCCCCUGACCAACCUGAGGCUGCAGCCCGCGGGCAGCUGGAACCUGGAGGAGAAGCGGCUGCUCUGGAAACUUCUGGAUGUCCCCGGUGCCCCGGGACAGGCAGGCUGUGGGCGACUCUCGGCCAGCUGGGAGCCCCUGGGGGGUCCCAGUAAGCCCAGUCCGGUGGCCGCCCAGUUCAGCAGCGAGGGCAGCACCUUGUCGGGGGUGGAGGUGGAGCUGGCGGGGGCCGGGUACCGAAUGUCGCUGGUCAAGAAGAGAUUUGCGACAGGGAUUUACCUGGCGGGGUCCUGAGCCCCCCCC